AUGAUGCUUGAUGGAAGAAAGGACAUUGGGCGCGGGAAUGUCGAUCAGAGGCCCCUGCUCAAGGCCCACCAGAAUGAGCACCAGCGAUCCGGGCCCCAUUCUCUCCAAUAUCUUUUUGCUUGCACCUACGGUGGCGGGCAGUACACACGGACCAGGCUUCCCGAGGGGUACACUGAGAGUCCGGGUGUUUACACUGCAGUGGUCCGGAGGGACUUGAGUGAGAUCACCCUCCCAGGCAAAAGCACGGUGCUCCAGUACGCCGACGAUCUGCUCAUAGCCUCCCCGUCAUAUGACGAUGGCCGGCGUGACACUGUAGCCCCGCUAUGCCAUCUAGCCAAGAAAGGACACCGGGUCUCUGCCGCCAAACCACAGUCCAGUGCUUGGGAUAUAUCCUCGCUGAUGGCACUCGCAGAUGCCAGCCUCAAAGGGGUUAACGUUAUACUACACUCAGCUCGACCCAAAAACAGGAGAGAAAUGCUGUCCUUUCUGGGUAUGAUGAACUAUUGCCGACAAUGGAUACCCAAGUACCGCCAGAUGGACUCUAUCCUCCGACAGUCCACGCUCCAAAUCGGGCCGACCAACAUAGUAUGGACCAAGGAGAGGGUCCAAGCUUAUGGACUACUAAAGGAAGCCAUUAUGAAGACACCAGCCCUUGGAAUCCCUGAUUACAGAAAACUUUUUGCGCAUUAUGUGGGCGAAAAGGAGGGAUUCGCCACUGGCAUAUUGACACAGGAGCACGGAGGCCGAAAGAGACCGUUACGAGUACGCGUUGAGAACAAAUCAGUCGAGCUGUUGGGUCUGUGCAAGGGGGCCCUCCCAUUCUGGAGUCCGGGCCCAGAAGCUGCCAGGAUCCUCGCCGUCCCCACGGACUGGAGCCACUGGAUCAUCAUGAAAUCCCUGCUCCUGGAACUGGUGCAGAGGGAGCAUCAGGUCACGGUGCUGAGGAACAACGACUCGCUGAGGAUUGAGGCGACCUCCGAAGAUUUCACCGUGGAAACGAUCCGCAUUCCCGCAGGUCAGGCACGUAAAGCCCUUAGUCAAAGCGAAAUCCAUGACAUUGUCUUCAACUAUCUCUACGUGGAAGAUGGUUUCCUCUCCAGUAUCUCCGCUCUCCGCAGCUUGUGCGCCUUAUUCUACAUCAAUAUUGAAGUGACUAUCCCGGCCGUUCAGGCAAUGUUUGAGGAUCGCGCACUGAUGGGUCGACUCAAAGCUGGAGGUUUUGAUCUGAUUUUGGCCGACCCUUACCAUGUAGCCGGUGUCAUGAUGGCCCAUGUACUUGAGAAGCCGUUGGUGCUUCUUGGCAGGUGGAUGAUAGCCGGGGACCUCCACUUUAAUUUAGCCCCGUCGCCACUUUCUUUUGUGCCCAUGAUAAGUUCACGCCUGAGCGACAGGAUGUUGCUUUUGGACAGAUUGAGGAACGUGUUGAUAUAUGGAAUAUCGAGAUACAUGAACAACUUCCACAUUUACCCAGUUUACAACAAACUGUGCCAGCUUUACCUCAAUAGUGACAUUACGGUGGAAGAACUUUAUCAAAAGGCUGAUAUCGUGCUAAUGAAGGUUGACUUUGCCUUUGAGUAUCCUCGGCCGACCGUGCCAAACCUGGUUUACAUCGGAGGUUUUCAGUGCAGCCGGGGUCGACCGCUCCCUGCUGAACUGCAGCGGUUCAUGGACAGUUCUGGCGAGGAUGGCGUGGUGAUCUUCUCCUUAGGAAGUGUGGUGGGCUUCCUUCCACCAGAGCUGGCGAGUGAAGUCGCGGCGGGACUAGCCCGACUCCCUCAGAGGGUGAUCUGGCGGUUUACUGGAAGACUGCCCUCAACCUUAGGGAACAACACUAAGAUAAUGAGCUGGCUUCCUCAAAAUGAUCUGCUGGGUCAUCCGAAGACAAGAGCGUUCAUCAGUCACGGUGGGGAAAAUGGGAUUUAUGAGGCCAUUUACCACGGGGUCCCCGUGGUUGGCAUCCCAAUCUUAUUUGAUCAAUAUGAUAACCUUCUGCGUCUCAAAACCCGAGGAGCUGCGGUCAUGUUAGAUUUGGCUCACUUGAAAAGAGACGAUGUUUUCCAGGCAGUCAAGACCGUCAUCGAGACCCCUUCCUAUGGGGAGAACAUGAAACGAAUAUCUGCCUUGCACAGAGAUGUUCCAGUGGAGCCAAAGGAGCUGGCUGUUUUCUGGGUUGAAUACACAAUAAGGCACCGAGGGGCUGCUCAUUUUAGAUCCGCGGGUAAUGAGCUGCCAUUCUAUCAGUACUACUUACUGGAUGUGUUUGUCAUUGUUCUGGUUUUCGUGGGGCUUUUCCUUUAUCUUGCAUUUAAAUUGCUAAAAACUUUACUUGUCAAAGUGUGCUCGGGGAAGAAGAGGAAACAGGACUAA